AUGUGCGUGCGGAAAAAACCGUCUAACCCAAAACUAGCACAAAAGAGUUUUGCGCCACAAACAAAAAGUAAUGUUUGUAUUGUGGAACCAAGUGGUCGUCCUCAACCUCCUCCCGCUCUCCUGAAUAACAAUCCUAUACAGGCUUCGUUCUCCAACAAAACGGGGAGAGAAUCCCGAGAAAAAGCUAAGACAGAUUUGAAGCCUAUGCUUCCUACUGCGUUCGGGGCCGGUGAUUUCAUAAAAAGGCGGAGGGACGACGAUACACUGCGCGAAGUGGGAAACGUUAUGCCGGAGUAUGACUGUGACAAGGAUGACCAGCUUAAAAACACGGUAGAGAAGACACAAGAAACCAUAGAAAAUUGUCCUGCAAACUCUUCCUAA